AUGUCUUUUUCUCGUCGGCUUGUUGCCGCUGGGCUUCUCUGUGCUUCAGUGGCCAAGGGCUUGGACCUUGACACUUUUACUGGUCAAGCUCAAGUUCUUGGCCGUCAACGAGAGAUGAUCCUGAACCAGCAACAAGGAAAAAAUGAGGUAAAGCCCAUGCGAAUGAUGGCUGAGCCAGAGGCAGACGAUUCAGAUGGGAAAUGCACCAAGAAAAAAGGCUGCAAGCUCGGCUGCUGUGGCCCUCUUGAUAAGGAAGGUUUCGGGAUCUGUGGUACUGGUCCCAAGUUCUGUGGUACAGACUGCACCUCAGAGUGUGACUACAAGUCAGAAUGCGACCCAGGCGGUUGGGGCCUUAAAUACUCCAACUUCACAACCUGUCCACUCAACGUCUGCUGUAGCGACUAUGGCUUUUGCGGCACCUUAUCCAGCUAUUGCAAAGGCAAGACCGUGGCUUCACCCAAGUGCGACAAAGCCAAGCACUCUUCUGAUAAGAGAACCAUUGGCUACUAUGAGGGCUGGAACUACCAAAGGCCCUGCGGUAACAUGGAGCCUGAGGAUAUCCCUCUCGGGUACUACACUCACAUUAAUUUUGCCUUCGCUCUGGUCAAUCCUGACACAUAUCGUCUUGAUCCUAUGGACAAAGGAACAGCUUCUCGUUACGGAAGGGUGUCAGCACUGAAACAGCAGCAGGAUGGCCUGGAGGUAUGGAUUGCCAUUGGAGGGUGGGCUAUGAACGAUCCAGGAAAGUAUCGAACUGUCUUCUCAGAUCUGGCCAAGUCUGAGAAGAAGCAGGAUGCGUUCUUUGAUUCGCUCAUCACUUUCCUGCAACGGUAUGACUUCGAUGGCGUCGAUCUCGACUGGGAAUACCCGGUUGCAGAGGAUAGAGGUGGCGUUGAAGAAGAUUUCGAGAACUAUGUCAAUCUUUUGGAGCGCCUGAGGAAGCGUCUCAAUUCUUCCGGCCGCAAGUAUGGCUUGACCUUGACACUGCCAGCGUCAUAUUGGUAUCUCAAAGGAUUUGACAUUGUCAAUAUGGAAAAGUACCUUGACUGGUUCAACAUCAUGACAUAUGAUAUCCAUGGGGUUUGGGACGAAAACAUCGAGUCUCUGGGUCCCUACGCCCAUGCGCAUACUAACCUCACCGAGAUCCAGCAGGGCCUCGAACUUCUUUGGAGAAACAACAUCAAUCCCGAACGGGUUGUCAUGGGACUUGGCUUUUAUGGUCGAAGCUUCACCAUGAAGAGCGCCAAUUGUCUCGACGCUGGUUGCGAGUUCAGCGAAGGCGCUAAGGGCGGAGAGUGCACCGGGACCAAGGGAGUUCUCUCAGCCAGCGAGAUCAACAAGAUCAUCAAGAAUGGAGGCAAGAUGAAGCUUGAUGAGGAAGCGGCCGUACAGAUAGUUACUUGGGACUCGAAUCAGUGGGUCUCAUGGGACGAUGCAAAGACCCUCAAGAUGAAGCUUGACUACGCCAAUGAGAAUUGUCUUGGAGGUACCAUGGUCUGGGCCAUAGACUUAGAUGACGGAACAUUGAUUGAGGCUCUCAGAAAAGGAAUGAAGCGCAAGAAGUCCAGUGUCAGCCCGCCGCAGAAAGUGGUAUCCUGUUUUGGAAGUGGAAAUAUUGAUAAGGAUGAGUUGUAA